GCACAGUGUUCAGGGGCAUAGUGGCUGGGCUAGUGCAGUUGGCAAGUUACAAGUUGGCAGCAGUAGAAGCUGCGUCUGGAGCAAACAAUGGCGGUUCCAAACCUGAGGCUGCAGGCGGCACAGAAGGUCAACAAAAACCGCCCUUGGUCUUUCACUUGGAAGCGACCUGUGGCCGAGCUCGGGCGUCAACUGUGACAUUGCCUCAUGGGGAUGUUCUGACACCGGUCUUCAUGCCAGUUGGGACCCAGGGCACCAUCAAAGGCAUGUCUUCGGAGGACAUGAAAACGCUUGGGUGCCGCAUUUUGCUUGGGAAUACCUUUCAUUUGGCCAAUCGGCCCACUUGCGAGCUGUUGCGCAAAUGUGGAGGGCUACACAAUUUGAUGAAAUGGAAUGGCAACAUUUUGACCGACAGCGGGGGCUUUCAGAUGGUUUCCCUGCUGAAGCUGGCAGUGAUCACCGAAGCUGGCGUCGAGUUUGAGGAUCCAAAGAAGCCUGGAAGCCGAAUGCUGCUGACGCCGGAGAAGUCCAUUGAGUCGCAGAAUGACAUAGGUGCUGACAUCAUGAUGGCCCUGGAUGAUGUUGUAUCCUCGACCCUGGAUCCAGUCAAGGACGAGUUUCGCAUCAAGGAAGCGACAGACAGGACCUUGCGGUGGAUUGAUCGAUGUAUCUCCGCUCAUCGCAAACCGGAGAGCCAAAAUCUCUUCGGCAUUGUCCAGGGCCAUUUGGAUACGAAGCCUGGUGGACUGCGGGAAUAUUCUCUCAAGGAGAUGAUCAAGAGAGAUCUACCGGGUUAUGCCAUUGGUGGGCUCAGUGGUGGCGAGGCCAAGAACGAGUUUUGGCGCGUGGUGGAGCAGUGCACUCGGCCAGGAGCCGGACUUCCAGAGCAAAAACCGCGGUAUUUGAUGGGUGUCGGUUAUCCACUGGACAUUGUGAUCUGCGUCGCCUUAGGGGUUGACAUGUUUGAUUGCGUUUAUCCCUGCAGAACAGCACGCUUUGGGACUGCCUUGGUUCGAAGUGGCCAGUUGCGACUGACCAGCGCAGAAUUUGCCAAUGAUUUCCGGCCAUUGGAGCCUGGUGGCAAGGGCCCCCUGAAGGAGUACACCCGAGCCAUGCAUCACAGUAUCGUGACCAAAGAGACAGUAGCUGCGCAGCUCAUUACCUGGCACAAUUUGUGGUUCAUGCUGAAUCUGCUGACGGAGAUGCGAGAGGCCAUCAAAGCAAACACCUUCCCAGAUUGGGUGCGACAGUUCUUGAAAGACUUUUUUCCAUCAGCAGGCCCAGCACCUUGUGCAGUCUGCCCUCCACGCUGGGUGAAAGAUGCGCUGGAGGUGUGUGGCAUACCUUUGGAUGAUCUAUUCGAUUGGAGCGAGACAGCGCAAGAACUGCCAGACAUGCCCAAGGACUCCGCGAAGAAUUCCAAACAAUAA